UAUUUUUUAAAGGACUAUAAAAUUAUUGACCACUGCUCAUCAUUAUUUACAAUAAACAACAUAGAAUAACAAUCGGAUUACUGCAAAGUUAUUUUUCUGGCUUUCGCUGAAAGUUCUCUAAAUAGGGAAAAGACAGCCUACCCGUCAGGAACGAGUUGGGGGUCCAAAAAAAGCAUGAGCCAGACGUGGUGACGCACGAUAGCAUAGAGAAACCUUGUCUCCCAACAACAAAAUAAAUAAAACAAGCACAGAAACAAACCACCCAGACUGAAAUCUCGAAGCCUCCAGACCUCAAUCCUGGUCCAGCGAGCGGCCCGAAUUCGGAACUUUUAUCGUACGGCUAAGAGUCCGCCCCCGCUUCCGGAGGGGCGCUGGUAAAAGACGGACCACUUCCGGCGAGGGGCGUAAAAGAGAUGGGUCGCUUCCGGCAAGGCCGUUCUCAACUGCGGUCCGCUUUCCGUAGAUGAUUGAAGUGCGCGCGGAGGCGGAGGCUCUCCACUCCUCUGGCUCGCGUGCUACAGCUUUCUCCGCUCGGCGACACCGAACCUUGCGACACGGGAACUUCGUACUCUGCCGCCUACCUCUCCUUCCUUUCAAGCUCCUUAAACAUCUCAGUUUCCUAGGUUGCUUUACCCCUACCGCAUUUUGAUCCUCCCCGGAGCCCUCCUGCCCUCCGAGACCCUGGCCCGACCGUGUGUACCGCAGGAGCCACCUCGCACCCGCUGAAAUUGCCUGACCGUGAUCCGGUGGACUCCGGGAUAUGACUGAUGAAGGGGUGGCUUGGGCGGAAACUAACGAGUAGGGUCUUUUGGGGAAGUCAGACAUGGGAGUGACAGUCUCAGGACAGCUACAGAACCUUCUGGCGGACUUUAGUGAGUUUUAACUUAUUUAUGAGGCUGGCUGAUGGACUGGUAACAAAGACUGACCAGCCCAGGUCCAAGUAUUGCCAGGAGAUCCAACGUGAUGCAAAGUCUGAGCUGACAGACAUCCAGGCUGCCCAGGCCAACCCACUUUACUGACCUGCCCCCACUAUCCGUGCAGCCAUGGAGAAGAUGUCCCGAGUGACCACUGCCCUCAGUGGCAAUGCACUGACUGGCCGCACCAUGCACUGCCAUCUAGAUGCACCGGCAAAUGCCAUCAGCGUGUGCCGUGAUGCGGCCCAGGUGGUUGUGGCAGGCCGCAGCAUCUUCAAGAUUUUUGCCAUUGAGGAGGAGCAGUUUGUGGAGAAGCUCAAUCUGCGUGUGGGCCGGAAGCCCUCACUUAACCUGAGCUGUGCUGACGUGGUCUGGCACCAGAUGGAUGAGAAUCUGUUGGCCACAGCAGCCACCAAUGGUGUGGUGGUCACAUGGAACCUGGGUCGGCCAUCCCGUAACAAGCAGGACCAGCUGUUUACAGAACACAAGCGCACUGUAAACAAAGUCUGCUUCCACCCCACCGAGGCCCAUGUGCUGCUCAGUGGCUCCCAAGAUGGCUUCAUGAAGUGCUUCGACCUGCGCAGAAAGGAUUCUGUCAGCACUUUCUCAGGCCAGUCUGAGAGUGUGCGAGAUGUCCAGUUCAGUAUUCGGGACUACUUCACAUUUGCCUCCACCUUCGAGAAUGGCAACGUGCAGCUCUGGGACAUCCGACGUCCUGACCGAUGUGAGAGGAUGUUCACAGCCCACAAUGGGCCUGUCUUCUGCUGUGACUGGCACCCCGAGGACAGGGGCUGGCUGGCCACAGGCGGACGCGACAAGAUGGUGAAAGUCUGGGACAUGACCACACACCGUGCCAAGGAGAUGCACUGCGUGCAGACCAUCGCUUCAGUGGCACGUGUCAAGUGGCGGCCUGAGUGUCGACACCACCUAGCCACAUGCUCCAUGAUGGUAGAUCACAACAUCUAUGUGUGGGAUGUGCGUCGGCCCUUCGUGCCAGCUGCUAUGUUUGAGGAGCACCGUGAUGUCACGACAGGCAUCGCCUGGCGCCAUCCCCAUGACCCCUCCUUUCUGCUCUCUGGCUCCAAGGACAGCACACUGUGCCAGCAUUUGUUUCGUGAUGCCAGCCAGCCUGUUGAGCGUGCCAACCCUGAGGGCCUCUGCUAUGGCCUUUUUGGGGACCUUGCCUUUGCUGCCAAGGAGAGCCUGGUGGCUGCUGAAUCAGGACGCAAGCCUUACACUGGUGACCGGCGCCAUCCCAUUUUUUUCAAGCGCAAGCUGGACCCUGCUGAACCCUUUUCAGGCCUUGCCUCCAGUGCCCUCAAUGUCUUUGAGAUAGAGCCUGGUGGUGGGAGUAUGAGCUGGUUUGUAGACACAGCUGAGCGUUAUGCUCUGGCUGGCCGGCCACUGGCUGAGCUCUGUGACCACAAUGCUAAGGUGGCUCGAGAGCUGGGCCGAAACCAGGUGGCACAGACGUGGACCAUGCUGCGAAUCAUCUACUGUAGCCCUGGUCUGGUGCCCUCUGCCAACCUCAACCACAGCGUGGGCAAGGGCAGCUCCUGUGGCCUGCCCCUCAUGAACAGUUUCAACCUGAAGGACAUGGCUCCUGGGCUAGGCAGUGAGACAAGGCUGGAUCGAAGCAAAGGGGACACACGAAGUGACACAGUUCUUCUUGACUCCUCUGCCACACUCAUCACUAACGAGGAUAAUGAGGAAACUGAGGGCAGCGAUGUGCCCACUGACUACCUGCUUGGUGAUGUGGAGGGUGAGGAGGAUGAGCUGUACCCACUGGACCCAGAACAUGUGAACCCCGAGGAGCCUGAGUAUGUGCUGCCACAGGAGGCCUUCCCAUUACGCCACGAGAUUGUGGACACACCGUCUGGGCCCGAGCACUUGCAGGACAAGGCUGACUCACCACAUGUGAGUGGGAAUGAGGCAGAUGCAGCCUCCUUGGCGCCUGUGGACUCCUCCUUCUCCCUCCUCUCCAUCUCACAUGCGCUGUAUGACAGCCGCCUGCCGCCUGACUUCUUCAGUGUGCUGGUGUGCGACAUGCUGCGCUUUUAUGCCGAGCAGGGUGAUGUGCAGAUGGCCGUAUCUGUGCUCAUCGUGCUAGGUGAACGGGUGCGCAAGGACAUCGAUGAACAGACCCAGGUGUGUGUGAUGCAGCAGGGGCGGGCCUCCCUGGAACAGCUGCUGUCCCAGCACCAUUCCUGUACAUGUUUGGGACAAACCCAGGAGCACUGGUACACAUCAUACAUUGACCUGCUGCAGCGGUUCCGCCUCUGGAAUGUGUCCAAUGAAGUGGUCAAGCUGAGUACCAGCCAAGCUGUCAGCUGCCUCAACCAGGCCUCCACCACCCUGCAUGUCAACUGCAGCCACUGCAAGCGGCCCAUGAGCAGCCGGGGUUGGGUCUGCGACAGGUGCCACCGCUGUGCCAGCAUGUGUGCUGUCUGCCACCACGUGGUCAAGGGUCUGUUCGUGUGGUGCCAGGGCUGCAGUCACGGCGGCCACCUGCAACACAUCAUGAAGUGGUUGGAGGGCAGCUCCCACUGCCCUGCGGGCUGUGGCCACCUCUGCGAGUACUCCUGAUCUGCCGCCGGGCUCCUGAGGCGGCUUCCACAGGGGCUCGGGGGAAGCCCCCCCCCCCCCCAGGGACUACACACACAGCCUCGAGUCUGCCUCUGUGCUGCCAUGGUAGGAGGCUGGAACUUAUGAACUCAAUAAAAAGCAGGAGUUGCUGUCGGA